GAUUGAUUAUCUCCCUUUUCCCCGCAAAUUGCUGCCAGCAGUCCGGUCCGAGCAUCAUAAUUUCAAGCCUUCUCGAUUUUCACAUCCGUCAGGAUCUCUCUUUCAUUCCGGCGAUGCAAAUGGCAGUAAGAAAUGUGCUGCUUUUGCUAGCUUUGGUAAGCCUCUGCAAUGGCUUAGAAAUUGCCGAUCGUUGGAAUAUUUUGAACCCAGAAAGGAGGGCUCCGCUUCUGGGCGGCACUAGCUUGAAGAACUACUGUGAGAGUUGGAGGAUGAAUGUGGAGCUAAACAACAUUAGGGGAUUUGAGGUUGUACCACAAGAAUGCAUCAGCUAUAUAGGCAAGUAUAUGACGUCAACUCAAUACAAAACAGACUCCCAGAGAGCAAUUGAGCAAUGCCAUCUGCAUCUCACCAGCUGCUGCACUUUGAAGGGCGAUGGCAAAGAUGCCUGGAUCUUUGAUGUUGACGACACCUUGUUAUCCACCGUCCCAUACUUCAAGAUUCAUAGCUUUGGGGGAGAGAAGUUGAAUGUCACAUCUCUAGAAGCAUGGAUGAGGAAAACGAAGGCACCAGCUCUGGAGCAUACGCUCAAACUCUUCCAUGAGAUCCGGGGGAAGGGCAUCAAGGUUUUCUUGAUCUCUAGUAGGAGGGAAUGCGUAAGAGAUGCCACCGUAGACAACCUCAUCAAGGAAGGAUAUCAUGGAUGGAGUGGUCUGACAUUAAGGGGUCUGGACGAUGAAUAUAAAGGAGUAAGAAACUACAAGGCUGAGGAAAGGAGAAGAUUGGUGGAGGAGGAGGGCUACCGCAUAUGGGGAAUUGUGGGUGAUCAAUGGAGCAGCUUUGAUGGCGGUCCAGCUGCUGAAAGAACCUUCAAGCUUCCCAAUUCCCUGUACUACGUUUCUUGAAUCAAUCAACAUCGUGCUUUAUGGAAUUCUCCAAAUGAAUGUGAUAGUGAGAGACAACAAGAUCGGGAGCUCUUGAUUGCCAGAGCAAUCCCCGCGGCCCAUAUUUUGCUUCUGAAAGAUGUAUUCUGUAAACCCAAAAUUCCGAUCAAACAAUUGAUCAGCACUGGGGCCGGAACUGGUGUCAAAUAAG